AUGGAUACGAUCGUUCAGCUGGACGAUUUCAUCGCCGGGUGGAUCGGAGGUGCUGCUAGUGUGAUCGUCGGCCACCCGCUCGACAUGGUGAAGACUCGCUUGCAAGCCGGCCAUGGGUACAAGAACACUGUCCAAUGUGUACUAACAAUUUUAAAAAACGAACACGUGGCUGGGUUCUUCAAAGGUUUAUCCUUCCCCUUAGCCAGCAUCGCCGUGUAUAACUCGGUGGCGCUCGGUGUAUACGGUAAUGCUCAGAGGUUCAUUUGUCAGUAUCGACAUGGUGAUAAUGGACACCAAAGUCCUGCUCUAUCUGACGUGGUGGCUGCGAGCGCGGUGGUGGGUCUCGUCACAGUGGGAAUUGGUGCCCCGGUGGAAUUGGUCAAGAUCAGAAUACUCAGUAAGCCAUAUCUUGUAAAAGAAUUAGUUAACCCUUCCACCAUCUUCUUUGUUGUAAUGUUUCUCAAAGUACUGAAUUAUCAGCCUCUAUACAGGGGGCCUGUGCACUGCAUUAGCAGAAUACUGCGGAACAAAGGCAUUGUUGGACUGUACCGAGGUGUCGGAGCCAUGUACCUCAGAGAUGUUCCAGGAUAUUGUUUGUACUUUGUUCCUUACAUGUUGCUGUGUGACUGGAUGAUACCCGUGGGGAGCACAGCACCCAAUCUGUUUUGUGUGUGGCUGGCCGGUGGUGUGGCAGGAACAAUAUCGUGGGGCACUGCAACUCCCAUGGAUGUUGUCAAAAAUCACCUUCAAGCUGAAGGAGUCAGAGAGACAAGAUACAAAGGGAUCGUACAUUGUAUUCAACGAAAGGAAGGACUGAAUGUAUUUUUUAAAGGAGCAGCCUUGAAUGCUAUUCGUGGAUUCCCUAUGAGUGCAGCCAUGUUUUUGGGAUAUGAACUCGCACUGAAAGCAUUGCGAGGUCAAUAAGCAGAAAAGUAACAUUUGACUUCUGAUGUUUAUCAAACUUGACGAGUUGCACAGUUCUUUACCUGUCCGGCAGUUGAUCAAAUUUAUAAAAAUUGACUCUUCGUUCCUUGACUCCUGAUUUCAAUU